AAUAUCCUGAGUCACACGCGCCAAAUUGUUCUUCAUUCAUUGUUGAUUUCAUUCGUUGAAUCAAUCAGUGACAAUCAACACAUUCUUAAUGUGCAGAACGACGCAAUUGUUGAGAAGCCUUCCCUCCUUUUCCAAACGCUAUAAACACACACACCAACACAGUUAACUUCAUUCAAUUCCUUAACUGCAAACACAUAUACACAUUCUUUUUCUUAUUCCGCAGAAUCAUGGACUGGAUUCGAGGACCAAUCCUCGGCAGUGGAAGCUUCGCCACCGUCAGUUUAGCCACACCCAAGAACCCUUCCCUUCCGUUCCACUUUCCGGCAGCCGUUAAGUCCUCCGAUCAUUUUACCUCCUUCCUCCUCGUUAACGAGGAACACGUCCUUAACCGCCUCGGUUCUUCUUGUCCUCGAAUAGUUAAGUGCUUGGGCCACGACACCACCGUCGAAAAAGGUGAGUCAUUUUACAACAUCUUCCUCGAAUACGCUUCCAACGGCACGCUCGCUGAUCAGAUGAAGAAGAAUCAAGGUGGGAGGUUCGAUGAGAAACAAGUAAGAAGGUACGCGAGGUCCAUUGUGGAAGGGUUGAAGCACAUUCACGAGAAUGGGUUCGUUCACUGCGAUAUUAAGCUUCAGAACAUGCUUGUGUUCGAAAACGGCGAGGUGAAGAUCUCGGAUUUCGGGCUUGCAAAGGAGAAAGGUGCCACGGUGGUGCAGCGUGGAGACAAGAAGUGGGAGUGCAGGGGAACGCCUCUCUACAUGUCCCCUGAGUCGGUGAUUGAUAACGAGUAUGAGUCACCGGCGGAUAUAUGGGCCCUUGGAUGCGCCGCCGUGGAGAUGCUCACCGGAAAGCCAGCGUGGAAUGUUAAGAGUGGGUCCAACAUGUGGUCGCUGCUAAUUCGGAUUGGAGUUGGUGAAGAAAUUCCGGUGAUUCCGGAGGACUUGUCCGAACAGGGGAAGGACUUUUUGAGAAAGUGUUUCGUUAAGGAUCCCAGGGAGAGGUGGACGGCGGAGAUGCUCCUCAACCACCCGUUUGUCGCCGGUGAAGACAGCCAUGAUGCUUUGAUCCAUAACGAAAUCUCGCCCAGAAGUAACUUUGACUUUCCUGAUUGGGAUUACACUUCCACGGUGAAUGAUUCUGCUGUCACCACUGUUUCCCCGCCUAAGGAUUGGUUACCGCAGCUGGUGACGGAUCAGGGGUUGCCGGAUUGGUCAGAAUCGGAGGGCUGGAUAAGUGUUCGGAGAAGAAUCGGAGAAACUUGUUCAGACAAAUGUGACGCUGGUCUCAGCUGCCAGACAUGCCCUGCAAAUGGGAACACCCGACCCAGAUGUUGUCGGACACAACCUACGAGCCCCACCUCCAAAGUGAAAGGCCUACCAUUUAACCGGUAUUCAUGGCUCACCACACAUAAUUCCUAUGCUUUGGCCGGAGCUAGAUCGGCCACCGGAUCAUUCAUCGUUGCUCCGAUGAACCAGGAUGACACGGUUGCUGAUCAACUCAAAAAUGGUGUUCGAGGAUUCAUGUUGGAUAUGUAUGAUUUUAUGAAUGACAUCUGGUUAUGCCACUCUGCUGAAGGCAAAUGCUACAACUUCACUGCAUUCCAACCUGCCAUCAAUGUGCUUAAAGACAUGAAGUCAUUUCUGGAUGCAAAUCCAUCUGAAAUCAUCACAAUCAUCAUUGAAGACUAUGUCACUUCCCCCCAAGGCCUAACUAAGGUCUUUAAAAAUUCUGGCCUCAGCAACUACAUGUUUCCGUUGUCUCGGAUGCCAAAGAAUGGCCAAGAUUGGCCCACCGUGGAUGACAUGGUACAGAAGAAUCAGCGCGUUCUUGUUUUCACCUCUAAACGCGACAAGGAAGCUUCUGAGGGCAUUGCUUACCAGUGGACAUACAUGGUAGAAAACCAGUAUGGAGAUGAUGGCAUGAAAAAUGGUUCUUGUCCAAACCGAGCAGAAUCACCAGCAAUGAACACAAAAUCUAGGUCACUGGUUCUGAUGAACUAUUUUCCUUCGACUCCAAAUCGAUCUGCCGCAUGUGCUGAGAAUUCAGCUCCAUUAGUUAGCAUGAUGAAGACUUGCUAUGCAGCUUCCGGCAACAGGUGGCCGAAUUUCAUCGCCAUUGACUAUUACAUGAGGAGUGAUGGCGGUGGAGCACCAGAAGCAGUUGAUGAAGCAAAUGGUCAUCUUACCUGCGGCUGUGAUAACAUUGCUUACUGCAAGGCAAACGCCAAGUUUGGCACAUGUGAUGUUCCUCCCAUCCCUCCACCUCCACCUGCUACCGUAGCACCAUCCACUUCAAACCAGCAGCCUCAAAAUAAUAGUGCCUCAAAAGUUGCUUGUAAUGACAGAACAACCAAGCUGAUGCAAUUGGUUGUGUUAACUCUGGCCACCAUGACUUCCUUGUCAUUGUUCUAGAAUGCCAUGAGAUUGUUCAAGUUUUUUAGAAUGUGAAAAUUAUGUAUACUUAUGUAUGUAUGUAUGUAUUAUGUAUUAUGUAUUAUGUAUGUGUACACGUGUCGAGUUUAGUUUGUCCAGCGAAUCUGUUGUGUGGAUCUGAGCCAUUUUUUAACACACGGCACUUCAGUGUUGUAUUCUGACUUUUUUUUUUUUUUUAUGAUUGACAUGGACAUUUCUUGUCACCUGUGAGUGACCUUCUCUACUGAUUUGUACUCUAUGACAAGGGAUACAAAAA